UAAACAACAAAAAAAAAAAAGUACUCGAAGCGCUGCUCUUCAAUCAGUCUUCAACGAGUCGGUCAGCUGUUUGGAUCUGUAUGUGUUUUGUGAAGUAACAACACAUGGACAAGAGAAGCUGAAGCUGGAUAAUUUGUUGGUACACUUCGAUACAAAAGAGAGCCUCACAUUCCACAGCAAUCAAUAUGCCUGAAAAGCAGUUGCAGACGGAGAGCGUGCCUCUAAAACGCACCAUAGGCGCAUUUAUAUUUGGCCUACUGCAGGCCUUCUUUCGUCUCAUCUUUCGCCUGAUCUAUGGCGUCAAGGGAGAGCGUAUGCCCGCCAUUACGGAUCCCAUACUCCUAGAAUCGGCCACAUCGCUGGCUAAGAAAAUACGCGAGCAGCAGCUGAGCAGCGUUCAGGUGCUGGAAUCGUUUAUACGCCGUGUAAAGGAAGUGAAUCCCUUGCUCAACUGUGUGGUAGAUCAGCGCUACGAUGAGGCACUCAAAGAGGCAGCCGCAGCCGAUGAACUGAUCAAGUCCGGACAAUACACCGUUGACCAAUUGGCCGAGCAGAAGCCUUUCCUCGGUGUACCCAUUACGACCAAGGAUUGCAUAGCGGUCAAGGGCAUGCUUCACACGGCUGGUCUCUGGGCACGACGCGAUGUGCGCAGCGAGAAGGAUGCGGAGGCAAUUGCGCUCAUGCGCAAAGCGGGCGCCAUUCCAUUCGCAUUGACCAAUGUAUCGGAAGUGUGCAUGUGGUGGGAGAGCAAUAACACCGUCCACGGCAGGACACGUAAUGCCUACGACACGAAUCGCAUUGUGGGUGGCUCCAGCGGCGGCGAAGGCUGCGUUCAGUCAGCAGCUGGUUCGGCAUUCGGUCUGGGCUCAGAUAUUGGCGGUUCCAUUCGCAUGCCGGCCUUCUUCAAUGGCAUUUUCGGUCACAAGCCAAGCAAGCUAAUUGUGUCCAACGAUGGACAGUUCCCAACGCCAUUCAGUGACGAGCAGAACGCUUUCCUCGGUCUAGGCCCCAUGUCACGUUUUGCAGAGGAUCUGCGACCUAUGCUGCAGAUUAUGGCUGGCGACAAGGCAAAACUUUUGCGUCUAAACACCCCAGUUGCGCUGGAGAAGUUGAAGUUCUUCUACCAGGAGUCGGAUGGUGGUGGCAAAAUGGUAUCCGCUGUGGAUGCAGAUCUUCAGCAGGCCAUGCGUCGCGUUGUGCAGCAUCUUAGCAAGAAGUUUGGCGAUGCACAGGUGGAACGCCUUCAGCUGCCGCACAUUCGCCAAUCGGCGGCCAUUUGGUUUGCCAAUAUGCGCGAUGACUCUGGACAUGGAUUUGACUUUCAACUGGGCGAUUUGCGCUACGAGAUAAACACAUAUCUAGAGCUGCUCAAGUGGUUCGUUGGUGCCUCGAAACACACAUUCAUUGGCCUAACAACAGCGUUGAUGGACAGUGCUCAGUGCCAGCAUGGCUCACCCAAGUACAAUCAUCUCGUGGCCAAGCGGGAUGAAUUGCGUGCCACUCUGCAGCAGCUGCUGGGCGACAAUGGUGUGCUCAUCUAUCCCACACAUCCCACAGUGGCGCCAUAUCACAACGAGCCCAUAUUCAGACCCAUCAACUUCUCCUACACCGGCAUCGUGAAUGUUCUUGGCUUUCCGGCAACCGCCGUCCCCCUGGGACUGGGCAGUGAGGGAUUACCGCUUGGCGUGCAAGUUAUUGCGAAUUUCAAUGAGGAUCGCCUUUGUCUGGCUGUGGCUGAGGAGCUGCAGAGUGCCUUUGGCGGCUGGAAGCGUCCAGAGGUUCGACUUUGAACCGUUCCGCAUUCGUUUUUUCUCUAGAUGUGUAAGUUAGCUAGUAACUGGAUGGAAUUGUACCCUAGGUCCCACCAAAUACUACUCAAAUUUGUAAACCAAUCCUCCUAUGAUCCCAUAUUCUAUAUUGUACAUGUGUAUGUGUAACGUACAUGAAAAAAGUGUUGUAUGUGUUGUGGGCUCUAGUGCCUGGUUAUAUCAAAAUGUCGAGAGUGUAUUAUGUAUUUACAUUUAUAUAAUGUUUUUAAUCGUAAAUUCUUAAGCAAACUAAGCUGAAAUCAUUCGAUUGUGCAGUGAAAAUAAACAUUUUGAAACAAUAUACAAUCAGUUGCGUUAUUUACUUAA